AUAGAUGAAAAAUUGGUAAUUAAAAACUAACAUACUUGUUCGAGAAGCUUAGGCCAUUCAAGAACAACAAGGAACCGUCUAGUAGCUGAAUCAAGGUCAGUCAUCUUCUCAAUCCGAUUCUUCAAUUCUCACAACAAAAACCCCAUUUAUCGAAUUUCAGUACAAACCCUUUAACCGUUUCACGCAAUUGAAAUUCUUCACUGUUUUGAAGACAAAGACGCAACCUUUCUGGUAUUGUUUUCGCGCAAUUCACUUUCUUUUUGGAGAUAAGUUUCUGUUUCUAUGGUUAGCGAAGAUUGCACAAAUUUUCAUUUGGUGGGUCGCUAUGAUUUAUGUGAUUUCUAGAAAGGGGAAAAAAGUGAAUAAAAACCCUUGAAUUUGAGAGUAUUGGAUUGUAUAGAAUUUUGGGUUUUGUUUUGAUUGAAAAUUUACUCACCCUUUUUGCUAAAGUGUUGAUUUUUAGAAUUGUUGCUCAAGUGUAGAAAUUAGAAGUGAUUUUUAGGGAAUUGGGGAAAUGGGGAAGCCUUUGAUUUAUGAGAUCUUAGAAAAACCUGCAACAAGUUGUAUUAUAGGAAUAUGUAGUGCAAUUUGGUUUUAUAUACAGAAGAAAAACAUUGGUUAUUCACAUGUUGGUUUGAGUUAUGAGACUGCAAUAGAAGGACAAUACUGGAGGAUAAUCACUUCUGCAUUUUCUCAUAUAAGUAUAAUUCAUCUUGUUUUCAAUAUGAGUGCAUUGUGGAGUCUUGGUGUGGUUGAGCAAUUGGAUCAUGUUGGUCUUGGUGUUGAGUAUUAUUUGCAGUAUACACUUGUGUUGGUUGUUGUGUCAGGAAUUUUGGUUCUGGCAAUGUAUCAUUUGUUGAUUCAGAGAUUCAAGGUUGAGUAUUUUCGACGAGUUACAGCUGUUGGUUAUUCGUGUGUUGUUUUUGGUUGGAUGACGAUUCUUUCCGUGAAGCAACCUUCUUCGAAGCUGGAGCUCUUUGGAUUACUUUCGCUUCCUAUUAGUUUUGCUCCGUUUGAGUCGCUUAUUUUCACUUCGAUUAUUGUUCCGCAGGCAAGUUUUAUUGGUCAUUUAUCGGGGAUUGUUGUUGGAUAUGCUAUUGCUUGGGGUUUGAUUCAUGGGAUGACGAAUUAUUGGGCUCUUUCGUUGUUGGGUUGGAUUGUUGCUGUCUUUGUUUUUAGUUUGAAGAAAUCUGGUGCACUUGACCUCAACUUCAUCGAGAUUGAAUCUGUUACUGAUCCUUCGUUACCAUCUGUACGGUUUCUGGCAUCCGGCAAUGGCAGAACCCUGCAGAUGAAUGCAUUGCCUGAUGGAAAUGUUGAAAUUGUCUAAUGUUGAACUGAUAUAUUGUUGUUAUGUAACCUUCACAAUGUCAAAUUUGAUAGCAAUAUGACUCCAAUUUUUCCAAUAUAGAAUCUGUUCAGGAGUUUGCAUAGCUAUAUGAUUAUGAAUAUUUGUAUGCCAAUUUAAUGAAAGUGACACUGCUCCUUGCAAAUGUCCUGCUACGUUUUGCCCCGUUUUUUGUGUGUGCUAGAAUCAGAUUUUGUUUUGUUCCGCCAUUGGAUGAUAACAUUAUGUUAUGAUAAAUUUGAAUUCAUUUUAUCAUUUCUUAUAGAGAUAAUGCAUAAGCACUUGUAUGAUAGAAGUUUAUGUUAUCAGUUUGGCCAAACAGAGUCUAAAUUAGUGAAAUUGAAGUUGAUUUAGCUAUCAGGACCCCUAGUCUAAUACAUUACAGAGUGAAAUUGAAGUUGAUUUAGCUAUCAGGACCCCUAGUCUAAUGAAGGUGUUUUGUGGUCCAUUAAUGUGAAGCUUCCAGGGGCUCAACAUGAGGAGUUACAAGGGUUGUUAGGGCGAUAUGGAGGGGUGUUUGCAGAGGUGGUCGGGUUACCUCCUGACCGAGACAGGGAACAUGCGACAAACAGUAAAGAAGGAACAGGUCCAAUCAAUGUGAAACCUUAUUGUAAC